CUAGGCUUGCACGAGAGCUGGAGCUAAUCCUGGAGUCUUUCUCAUAAUAAUAAGUCAUCUGCUCCUUCCCUAGUGGAUCAUGGAGCGCGGCUGCCGGUCCCUCGCGAUGCCUUAGUCCAUGCGCGCGCUCCACUCCUCCGCGUCUCCGCCACUCUUUAGUUUUCCAACAGCGCGCGUCAGCCCCAGUGCACGCGCACCGGUAAGGAUAAAGCUUCGCGAUUGUCGCGGUUCACAACCGCCGUCGCUGUUUUAUCGCCUUUAUAAAUAAUGUUUAUAGACAGAAGUGUUUUCACGUGUGCGGAGGCGCGAGGCAUGGGCUGGGUAUGCGCGUGCGUUCUCCUGUCUUGUGUGGGGCGAGUUUUGUCAAAUGCAAAGCCGACCGAGACGAGUGUCUACUCGGACAAUAUUACGCGCAUUUUGGACAGAUUACUGGACGGGUACGAUAACAGACUUCGCCCGGGAUUUGGAGGUCCUGUCACUGAGGUCAAAACUGACAUCUUUGUCACCAGCUUUGGUCCUGUGUCAGAUGUGGAAAUGGAGUACACUAUGGACGUGUUCUUUCGCCAGACGUGGACGGAUGAACGUCUCAAGUUUGAGGGGCCCAUCGACAUUCUCCGCCUCAACAACCUGAUGGUCACUAAAAUUUGGACACCGGACACGUUCUUCCGCAAUGGAAAACGUUCCAUCGCCCACAACAUGACCACGCCCAACAAGCUGUUCCGUAUCAUGCAGAACGGAACUGUUCUGUACACCAUGAGAUUAACCAUCAAUGCGGAAUGUCCAAUGAGACUGAUCAACUUCCCAAUGGAUGGACAUUCUUGUCCGCUGAAGUUUGGCAGCUAUGCCUACCCUAUCAGCGAGAUCCUGUACACAUGGAAGAAAGGACCCUUGUUUUCUGUUGAAGUUCCACAAGAGUCUUCCAGCCUUCUCCAGUAUGACCUCGUAGGACAGACCGUGUCUAGUGAAAGAUUAAAGUCCAACACAGGCGAAUACAUCGUUAUGACAGUUCACUUCCACCUGCAGAGGAAGAUGGGAUUCUUCCUGAUCCAGACUUACAUUCCCUGCAUCAUGACUGUCAUCCUCGCGCAGGUCUCCUUCUGGAUCAACAAGGAGUCUGUCCCAGCACGGACCGUGUUUGGUAUCACUACAGUGCUGACCAUGACCACUUUGAGCAUCAGUGCACGCCACUCACUUCCCAAGGUCUCCUACGCCACGGCCAUGGACUGGUUCAUCGCUGUCUGUUUCGCAUUCGUCUUCUCCGCCCUCAUCGAGUUCGCCGCCGUCAACUACUUCUCCACCUUACAGGCCAAUCGUGAGCUUCGCCGGGCCAAUGCUGCCCGUGCCACCACGGCGACAGCGGCUGGGAGCGACAGGGAAGUUGUUUCGACGGAGCUGGAGACUAGCAUGGCCCUGAAGAAGAGGCUGAACUCGCCGUGGCCAAAGGAUCCGCCCACCCAUCUCACAGCUACCCCGCCUCCACCUGAACCCCGACAGCAGGUGUCGGUCAUCCCUGCCGAUGCCAUGACGGCUGGCACAAGCAUCAUCGACAAGUACUCCCGCAUCCUGUUCCCUCUGUCAUUUGGGGCCUUCAACCUGGUCUACUGGAUCGUCUAUCUCACCAAAGACCCCAUGGAGUCCAGGCAUGCGUGAGCGCCGUAGGAGACACCCCAACAUGCCAGACAACUGUCAAGGGAGCAAAGGACAGAAGGAUGGAAGGAUGGAAGGAUGGAGAGAUGGAGGGAUGGAGAGAUGGAGAGAGCUGUCAGAGCCAUACUGCUUCUUCAGUCUGGUGUGUGUGUGUGAAGAGAGGCAUGAACUGAAUUGACAUUUGACCCUUUGAGCUGCAGAGCUGGAACUGAGUGACACACACACACACACACACACACACACACACACACCAACUUGAGGACACUCAAGGUAUACUUGCGUUUCAAGAGACACUCUUUCUCCUCUUCCGCCAGAUAUACAAAUGCACAAGAUUUACUCUCUCACACACACACACACACACACACACACUCACACACACACACACACACACACACACACACACACACACACUCACACACACACACACUCACACACACACACACACACACUGGAUGUCUUUGUUAUGCUUAUUCUGUCUCUAUUAGUGCUUUUGGAACACUAAUUCCUAUUCACACACUUCCUCACUCACACCUACCUGUGCCCUUUUAAAGGCUACUGCACACCUCUGGAAACUGCUCACAGUUGCUCUCUUUCACUGGCUGCAGACUGGAUUUAUUCUGACAUCUGCAGAUUAGAUUGCUUAGUGAGCUCAUGUUUGUAUUUAUGUCAGAACACUUGAAACCUGGAGUUUCAACCAUAUAAAAAAGUUCAAAACCAUAAAACACAUUAUAAACUCCAGGAUCAGUGUGAAAUCUCAUCUCCAAGCUCACUUCAGCAAACAAAACCAAACCAUCCCCUUCUGUUGGCUUCAUUACGUGUUUGGUUAGGUUUGUUUUAUUGUGCAGUUUUUAACAUCAUUAUUUCUUUCAUUGUUCAACUGGAGAGGCUUUUAACCCUGUAAUUAGUGACUCCACUGUCUACAGACUGUUUGAUGUUUUAAUGUGACUCAUACACUCGUGGUUAAUGCUAUUAUCACAUAAAGAUUUGAAGCUGAAUUUACAUACAAUUAC